UUUCAAUACUGGUUUCCCAUUAUUCCAUAGCAUUGCUCCUCAGACCCGGACUGUUCAGUGCUUCCUGCUUUUCUGCAUGAUUGAACAUCUCGGAGGCGCAAAGACUUUCCACACACAGGCGCUCCUUGAAGGACCAGCUCUGGACGGCGCGCUUUCCUGGGCGAGCGUUCUUCCCAUCUGGGCGGCCCAAAGGGCGGGAAAGAAGGAGACAACAACCAAGUAGCCGGGUUCAGGAAGGCGGGAGGGAGCGCGGAAAAGCCAGCCAGAAGGAAACAGCCAGCCAGAAGGAAGGGAAACCGAGAGAGAAGGCAAGAGGAAGGGGAUGGCCGACGGCAACGACCCCCAGAGCGCCAGGGAGCUCUCUCAGUUUGCAGAAAACCUACUACAACAUUUGCAAGAAAAUUUUCAAGCACUGAUUGACAAGACAAAAUUAAGAAUGGAUGAAAUGGGCGAACGCAUAGAUGAUUUAGAAGAACAUGUUACUGGACUGAUGACACAAGCGGGGAUAGAAAAUGCUGGUGAAGAAAUAAUGAUGCCACAAUCAACCUAAUAGCUUUAUUUUCUCAACUUUUAUUUCAAUCCCUGUGCAAAUUUCUAUUCUUACAGCACUGAAGAUGAAGUCAUCAGUACAUCAGACAAAAGUACUCAGAAACAAAGGUUUUAAGAGCGAGCUACAAUUCUACAACAUAGGCUGUUCACACUAGUCUCUGACCGAAGAAUGGACAAAUUCGGCCUAUUACAUCAGUGGCUAUAGUAAUUUGAAACAAAAUAUCUAGCUUUUAUUACAAGAAAAGUUUUAAAUAUUUUUAUAAGAUUAAGAUAAUCUUUGAAACCUGAUAAUGCUGGAUCUCGCAAUGAUUUAUAUAUUUAUAAUAAAAGCAAACAUACACGCUUUUUAAAUAUA